UUUAAUCUAAUUUUUUAUAGUUAGUUUGAGAACUUUGAUAAUUUCAUUUACAUAAAAUAAGUAUUCAAUAUAUCACAGGGUCUCGCAUUGUAGUCUCAAAUUCUUUGCUAUAAUUUUAGUACUUCCCUAUAAGUAAGUGCCUAAAUUGCAAAAAUAAUAUUUAAUUAAAAACAGAAAAAUGUCUAGAGUUUACAAGGGAAUUAUAACAGUUGCAGACAAAUUUGUACCUUCAAAAUUACGUCCAUUAUGGGAACACGAUGCUGGUCCAAAAACAGUGUUCUUCUGGGCUCCUGCGUUCAAAUGGGGUCUAGUCUUGGUGUCUCUAGAUGAAUACCGUCGGCCGUUAGAGACCGUAUCUCCCACGCAAUCUGCAACACUCGCCGCAACUGGCCUCAUCUGGACUCGCUAUUGUCUCGUUAUCAAACCUAUCAACUAUGCGUUGUCACUCUGCAACUUCUCAUUGGGCUUGGCUAAUGGAGUACAAUGCUUCAGAGCCGUUAAUUUUCAAAGGAAAUUAAAAGCAACGUAAAGGUUCCAUUAAGUCUUGAUUAUGUAACACAGUUGCUAACAGAUGUGCCUUGAAACAGAUUAAAGUAUAAUUUUUGAGAUUAUAGAAUGAAAAAAACUUUUAUAGCCAUACAAAAGCAACUGUAACAUACAGGUAUGUUAGAAUUAACUGCAUAAUUAUAAAAUAUAAUAGACAUAGGCGA